AAAUAGUUAGUACUUUUAAUAAUAUGUUCACUAGCUCUAAUAGAACUCCUUCAACAGCUCCCUCAACAGUUCCAUCAGCUUCAACAAUUUCUCUUGAUGAAGAUCAAUUAUAUCAAUUUUUACAUGAUAGAUCUAUAGGAAAUAUGGCAAACUAUCUUUGUGAAAAGCAUGACAUUCAUAAAAGAAUGGAUAAGAUGAAAGAUAAAUUUAUUCAAUUAACUAUACCACAAAUAAUAGAAAAGGCAAAGGUUAAACCACAUAAGGAAUCACGAAAUCAAGAAAUUAGACAAGCUAUUGCUGAAUGA